CGUGAAUCGUCCCCGCCGAUUCACUGCGCCGCAUUCACGGCUCGGCCCACUCGACCCGCACAGCGGUUGGCUGCGCCGAGCGGACACGGGCCGCGGGCCGGCCGCUAUACCCGGCUAGGCAAUAAGUAAACAAGGACCGACCGGGGUCUGCCUCACGACGCUGCACGACGCGCCGGCCGCGACGUCGCCUGUUUACCUCGCUCGUACGUACGCACACGUCGACCUGUUUGCGACCUGCAGCUGUUUGCGGCUGCUCUGCUUCGACCUCGCACCACAAGGACACCUUAACAUGGCCGACCUCGACGUGCCGAUUGCGCUGCGGCGGCCGCGUCGCAGCAUCAAGACGGAGCCCGCCGCUGCGCCUGCGCUUACACCCGCACCCAAGACGCCCAGGCGCAGGGUGCGCUUCUCCGACCCGGGACCGCUGGGCGAGGCAUCGGGCGCGCCGUCCGGCCUCACGCCGUUUAUCCGCCGCACUUCACUCACCACACCGAAACGCCGUUCAUCCACCACAUCGCGCGGCGGCGGCACGCAAGCACCCCCGCUGCACCAGACGGCCGACGGCCGCGUCGAGCGCCGCAUCCGCCGCGGCAACCUGCGCGACCUGCUCAACAAGCUGGAGCAGCAGAAGCGGCACGACGAGCGGCGCGUGCGGGCGCACGUGGACCGCCUGCGCGCCGAGGUGGCGGCCCGCGACCGCGAAAUCUACGAGCUGCAGAACGCGACCGUCGUCAUCGACACGGAGCGCAUCUGGGGGCUGGAGCGACAGAUUGACGACCUCCGGGACGAGCUGCGCAGGCGGGAGGCGGUCACGCCGCCGGGUGCGGUGACGCCCGACCGCGCGCGCCGCGACUGGACCCCGGGCGACGACCCGUUUUCCGACGACUUGACGGAUGCCAUGGACGACGACCACUUUGGCGACGCGACCAUGGCGCAGUUUGUGGCGAGCACGCCGUCGAGGGCGCGGUCUUCGUUUCCGACGCCGCCGGCCACGAGCCCCAACGUGCCGACGCCGUGCGCGCGUGGCAAGUCGCUCCGGUCCCGCACGCCGCAGGGCUCACCGGGCUUUGCGUACGUCGGCGUGGAGACCGGCGUGCAGGCUUGCCUCCCUGACCCCGCCAGGCAGCAGCUCGACGAGGAGCUCGCGUCGCUCAACCUCGAAGUGUCCAAGCUGACGGCGACGCUCGACUCGUACCGCGGCCUCUACGCGCGCGUCUCCGGGCACGUCGCGUCGGCCAUGACGCCCACGCCCGAGGACGCCGCGGGACCACCCCUCGAGGCGCUGGAGCAGCGGGUGCAGCGCCUCGCGCGGGCCAUGUCGGACCGCACGGCGGCGCUCGCGCAGCUCAGCGCGGGCAUCAACGAGCUCGGGUUCCCCGGGUCCGACGCGGGGGAGAUGGUGGCGGCGCUGGCGUCGGGGCUCCGGGCGGCGCGGCUGGAGCUCGAGUACCUGACGCCGGGGGAGAUUGCGCUGCCGCUGACGUCGCGCGGGGCCGAGGUGCUGGACCUGCUGCUGACGCGGCUGCGGGCGCUGGCGGCGCGGGCGCGCGAGGACGAGGCCUCCAUCGACGAGUACCACGAGAUCGAGCAGUCGCUGCGCAAGCAGCUGGACGCGCGCGUGUCGGCCAUGGACGGGCUCAGGGCGGGCAUGGAGGCGGCGGAGCGGGCCGUCGAGGAGCAGCGGGAGCGCGUCCGGGAGCUCGAGGUGGGCAACGAGCGGCUCAAGGGCGCCGUGGACGGGUACGCGCGCGACAUGGCGGAGCUGGAGCGGCUGGUGGAGCGCGUCGAGGGCGAGGCGCGGGACGCGGCGGCGGCGCACGACGAGGCGCUGUCGACGAGCCGGGCGGACGCGGCGGCGCUGGAGCAGCGGCUCGAGGAGGCGGCGCGGCAGACGGCGGGCCUGCGGCGGGAGCUGAGCGACGUGCAGGACGCCACGACGCGGCACGUCGUCGCGCUGAACCGGCGGCACGGCGCGGCGCUGGCGCUGCGGGACGCGCGGGUGCUGGAGCUGCGCGGCGAGGUGGACCGCGUCAACGAGGCGCUGCGGGCGGCGCACGAGACGAUGCGCGCGCGGCGGCUCGAGGAGCGGGCGGGCAUGGAGGCCCGGAUGGCGGAGGAGCGGACGGGCAUGGAGUCGCGCAUGGCGGAGGAGCGGGCGCGGGCCAAGGAGGCCAUGGACGCCAUGCGGGCGGAGCUGCGGCGCGUGCUGGAGAUGAGCCAGGCGUUUGUCGUGGGCCAGGACGCAGGCCAGGACGGAGGCGAGGUCGCGGGCCCGGACAAGCCCGUCGUCGUCGCGCGGCCGGGGACAUUCUUCGCGGGCAAGCUGGCGCGGCGGUCGAGCACGCGGCUUAAGGGGCGCGACAGCGGCAUGGGGCUGUUGGAGGAGGACGAGGACGCUUAAUUUCAUUUGUAGUAGCUUGCCAAGGAUUGUUGAGAUGUCUACGUACGAGUGACCCGGGCUGUGCAUGGCCUCGAUGCGCAACCGACAAAGG